AUGGAAGUAACGAGGGAGAGCCGAAAGAAGGAACGGCGAAAAAGACGUGAUGGAUUGGAUUCUCGAGUUCUGAAGAAUGUUAGGAGAGGCGUCAUACGUGAUAAUUUGCAUUCGAAGUAUUCUAGCAUUGUACCAAGUAGUUCCGAAGACAAAAGCGACUCAUCGGACAACAAUAAUGGUGUGAUUCGUUCGUGUCCAAGCUCACCCAUAACAGAACCCCGCAAUGAAGUUUCGAAUGGCAGUGAUAUUAGGAAGUGCACCUCACCGUCAACUUUGAUUGUGAAGUGUAACUCUUCGCCUAAGGAGAAUUCCGAUCAAACGUCACGCGAACCUUCCUCCGAAAAAUUCGAAAACGCAUGCUCGGAGAAGAUCGAAUGGGUAGAGACUGAACAGUCUGCUGCAAGCCGUUCAAACGAGUCAAAGCGAGGUGGGAUGGAUUCUCCGAAUCCCUCGUUAUCAUCACUCCCAUGUUCAGGAAAGGCCAAACAAUCUCGUCGCUCGUUGCCUAAAGUUGGUACGAAGGAGAGGAAGGAAAUCCUGGCGGAAGAUGCCAAACGACGGCUACGUGAUUCAGCUAAUAGACAUACUUGCCCUCACUGCUCUUACUCAGCUCCAUUUCCAAGCAAGAUCAAGCGUCACAUCAACAACAAGCAUAGUGAAUCUCACUUGUGCUCAAAAUGUGGAAAGCGUUUUAAUGACUUCGUGGAAUUGCGCACACAUGUCGCUACAGUCCAUCCGGUAGCUCACCGUUGCAAGUUUUGCCAAUUUUCAAGCAAGGUCCUCGCUGAAGUUCGGAAGCACACUCUCGCUAAUCAUGAAAAAGGGAUUGCCUGCACUGUAGCUGGCUGCAAUAUGCGGGUGGCACGAUGGCGAUUGAAACAUCACUUGCGGACAGUGCAUCCCGAGAGCCUACCAACUGGAUCUUCACGUGACGUGCGGUCAACGCUUGCUCCAUCGGAAGGAACUUCAUGCUUCACUUGCUCCCAGUGUGACUUCAUUACAAGUGAAUUGGAGGAUUUCAAUUCACAUUUGAUGAACGCCCACGAAAAAGGAAUUAUGUGCCCUAUGCCGGAUUGUACUAUUCACGUCUUACUGGGUGAUUUGGAUAGCCACUUGCGUUCUUUCCAUGAACAAUGUGAUGUUAAUCUCCUAGAAGAGCUUGACGGCGACCGGGAGUUGGAAGAAUCGAGUUGCUCAUCGAUGCCGAAAUCUGAGCCCAAACGUUUGGCUAGCUGUACAACGGCAUCGGUAUCCGAGUGUGCAUCAACGUCAGAUAUUUCGGAAGAUCUUCUGUCAGAUUGUGAUCAGUCUGAAGACUUCAAAAAACCCUCUUUCAUAAAACUGAAAAGCAAUGGCGUUGGUAUGCAAUGUGCUCUCUGUGGUAAACACUAUCGGAACUCCUACCUUUUGAAGAAACACAUAAAAAGUGUGCAUGAUAGAGCGUACAGAGAAUAUAGAAGAACUCGAAAAUAUUUUUGUUAUUGGGAAGGUUGCGGAAAAACCUUCAGGACUAGUGGACUGCUAGACGACCAUCUUAAUCACCACAAAGGAAUAACACCAUACUGCUGCAAAUCAUGUAACGUCUCAUUUUCCGCAAGAGCUCGAUUUGCAGUACAUCUUUCCAAGUAUCACAGAAUGAGUAUUAGGGAUUAUACAAAUGUGAGUACCUUUCUGGCACCUUCAAAAGUGCCUAACCCCGCGAAUUCUUGA